AUGGCCAUUCCAGUCUACCUUAUCUUUGUUGGUAAGAACAUACUAUAUAUAUAGAUAUAUAUAAAGACAACUUCUUACAGGUCGUCUUUACUCGAGUCUGCAGUUAAACCAGUCGUAGGGUUGGUCAUAGCAAAGCAGUUGUGAGACGGAAGCAGGUAAACCGUUGGUGUGUGGGGCCAACUACGUCCCUCCUGUCUUCUAAGGCCUAAAGCCUUCUGGUGGGCGCCAACUACUUCAUCUGUGAUACUAGGAACUACAGCUGGAUUAAGUGUCCACGAAUAAUUCGGGGGAUAAAAAUGAUAAUGCAAUUAAUGGUUCCGCUGGUAACGUAUGUGGUAUCGGAUCCUUAAGAUCAUUUCAUUAGUAACUUAACCCAUUUUAGCCAGAUUUAAACCAUUACAUAUGAAAUCAUCUAUAAGGGAGACCAAUUUCUGAUAUUUCCUGAUUUUCAUUGUAGCUAGUUGGCGGAAAUUAUUGUCGAACGACUACUUUCAAAUUAGGUAUCCAGGGGACAUAAUUAGCACUUCAGGUUAACUGCAUGAUCUGCGCGUCCAGCAUAUUAGUAGAACUGUCAAGUCACUAAUUACCAAUUGAGCAAUAGUUAUCAUUUUCCAGCUCAUGCCCUUUGAUCCUCUAAUUAAUGCUUAUAAUGCGUUCCUUCCUUCGCAUCCAUUAAUUUCCUUAUAUACGCUCCCAUCAAGUCAGUGUCUGUUUAAUAGUUUCUAGUCUGACGAUUCGUAGAACAAACGCAUAAUGGAAAUGCAGUGGAUCGUCCACAGUCGAAAGCAACUGCCAUUUUAAUCAACCGUCGAUUUGCACUUUGCGUCUGCGGUCCCACAAACAACAGUCCAUACCCACUCAGCUAGAAUUCAGAAUUAAUUUCAAAAGUCGAAUCUGGUAUACCCGUGCGAUUUCUUCGGCUAGCGUGAAACAACAGCUACUCUCGAAUUUCACCUAAAUCAACAUAUGCUUUUGGGGUCUCAACAAAAUAUGAAAUCGAAGCGGCCUCUCCAAAAUAUUCAAAUACAACACGUGAAUAGGUACCCUCGCAGUAAGGGUGACCUUACGCAAGAUUCCAAAAAAGGAACCUCUACCCCUGCCCCAACCCUGAAAUUGAACCUAGUCUUUCUGUACUAUGACGCAAGGCCACCAUAUUACUUUAUUGCGAACUGAUACAAAAGGGCUAAAAUUGGAAACGUCCGACUACAGCGCACAAACGUAAGCUGCUGUAUCAGACGCUAGAGAAUCUUAGUGAAUAAAUCGAGAGAACAACGGAGUGAGGGGGGGAGUUGGACGUGGAUUUGCGGCUUAAUAUAACUAGCGCAGGAUAUGGGUUUUUGACAAAUGGCACAAUCCCUCACUUCACGAUAGUUCGACCGUCGCAUCCGGCGAUGUCCACCGUAUGCCCCACAGACUGCAUGUGGGAGCAGGGACGGUGACUUGCGCGGGGGGUUUAUAGUGCCAGUAGACUUGCGCUGCACCUACCACACUCUCUAACCCUCCCCCGCCUGUAUUUAUCGUCACUUCACACACACUGUCAAUAGUUCUCAUGGGGUAUAUAUUAGAGAAUAGUCGUAUACAUGCUCCACUGACACGCGCAAUUCUAUACUUGCAGAACCAGCUGCCUCCAUCCAUGACAGGUGUGUAAGCUUCUGAAUAUGGGUUAAUUCAUGUUAAACCACCAAGACAGUGCACAAGGUCUUGACAAAAAGGGUGAACAGUCCUCUCUCUUUAUUUGUUGUCUUCAAGUAGAAGUUGCUUUAUGAAAGAAAGCAUUGAGCUCUCGUGCGAUAAUAUCGACGAAGCAAACGACGGCUUUGGCCCUAUCCGUGAAUAUUAUAAGGGAAUUACACUUUCAAAUCAGUGGGCAAAGUUAGGGAAAAAAAGCAAGAUUCUUUGAGCGUCACCCCUAGAUCCAGUUAUGUUUGACUCUUAACUGGAAAGCUGGUGGAGACUAGAUGUGUAAUGGUAGCCAAACGGCAUCAUGGUUAGUAGCACGUUUUCGCCGCUUGCGUUUAUACUCUCCGUUUCAGUGAUUUUAACUGUUCAUCGUCCCACUGAAUUAAACACAUCAUCCCGCCUGAACGCAGCAAAUUUUUGAGAACGAAUGAUGGGCACAUAUAAUGCAAAUGCAUAUGCAAUUGCAAUGGCCCGACGGCAAACAUAAAACGACUGUACUAAAGAACGUUUCUCAGGGGUUCUCGGAUGAGGAGAUUAUUCAAGUACCUUUUCUAUCCAAUCAUAAUUUCAGCAGCAUUCUACAGUUCUGUAAUCACAUUUAGGCAUAAUUAGCAGACAGUAGAACUGUAGUAGCUCUCUCUUGAUCCUCCAGGUUCGCAGGGUCGAAAGCUAGUGAAUGUGGCUAGCAACCUUCUCUGACCUCAACGCUUGUUGGACCUGGCAGUUCGGCCCUUUUGAGAACAUCACUGCAGCAUAAAUGCAGGUCGUGCAAAGCGGACACUUUCCCCACAGUCUUAUUUAAUAUUCAUGGCUAGCCGUUGCUUAUGGACUUUUUCAGACCACUUGGUCUGUCAGCAUGCCCUUGCUUUUACUUUAUACAAGAAAGUUUCAAGCCGUUUGCACUAUGAACUGAGCUCUCCAUAUCCCCAAUUCGGGGAUCCUUUUAAGGCCUGAAAAAGUAGAAAAGUCGGAGCUCACAAAGGUCUUCUAUUGCCAGACUUUCUUCGCCUAGUUUUGGUUUAUAAGAAAGCCAGACCCGUAAAAACAACCGAUUUUUGUCAUUCCCUGGGUGUAAAUGUGCACGUCGUAGAAGGCAGACCACAGGCAAACGGCAUAUAUCCGUCCGAACAGUCUUUUAUUAUUUACUGUACUUGAAAGUGAGCAGUAUGCUGUGAAGUUUUUGUAUUCUGAAAGCUUUCCCAGCACCCAAAACAUUCGUGGUUAAGGCAUGCUUCGAAAUGCGUGUGUGUGCUUCAUUCAUUUGCAAACACCAUUACCUUUGGCCUGCGGGGUUAACAGGUACGCCUCGUCGUUGAUGUCGUUGUCAACAGCUCGAAAUGAGCUCCACCUGAAAGGGAGCUAGAUUUAUUUCAAUCACCUGUCCACCCCACCCCACACCCUGAUCCACCACAUGGUUUUACGACUGCUGGUUUGUAAAGCACCUGGCAGACCCCCUCAUCCCCACCCUCGUACUAGCAUGAGACGAGAAAUGUCCCAUAAGCCGCCCACGUUCACGCAACCGCAUGUCUCUCCCCCCUCCCCCACCCCACUGUGACCGUCCCCAGUGCAUCAACACCAUACCGUGGUCUGAAAUAUAGCACUGCUCCACUAACCCACGUAGGAGUACAAAGGUUGGUCCAUGGUUAAGUGGGAACUUUUGUUAACCUGAACUGGGGUAAUCAAUAAUUUGUGGUAAUACUCUCAUUUUUUUCAAUAAAUCCUCGGCAGCCCGAUGUAGGUAUACGGAGGCACUGUUGGUGUCGACAUAGCAGCAUACAGCAUGCAUCCAAAGAUAAAAAAACAGUUGGCCAAAUAUUUCGACAUAUUUUCAGCUAAAAUGUAUGGGCAAAUAAGAAGAAGAAGAAGAUGAUGAUGAUGAUCAUGAUGAUGAGGAGGAGGAGGAGGAGGAGGAGGGGAAGGGGGAGGUGGAGGUGGAGGAGGAGGAUUAUGGCGGUGGCUGUGGUGGUGGUGCCUGUGGUGGUGGUGGUGGUGGUGGUGGUGGUGGUGGUGGUGGUGAAGGGCGGAGGAAGAGGAAUAAGAAACGAGACUGA